AUGGUGUUUGCACUCUGUGUAGUCGACUUCCACCACAUCCGUGGUCCCGAGAUCCAGCACUGGAUCUCACCCGACGGUGACGAUAAAUCCGCAUUAUUCCCGAACUUGCCCUUCCAGGCGCUCCCCGACGGGUCCCAUCUCUUUGCAGAGCUGUUCACGCAGUUCACGUUGCUCUACGACUACGAAAACGACUUUUCCCCUGCCCCGCUCGACCCCGACUACGACUUUUCCACCGUCAACACUUUGUUUGGUUGCGGGUGCAUCCGACAGAUCCAGAGCCUGGAGCUCGCGGCACUGGCAGAUCUCACGCGUUCCGUGGUGCAAAAGGCGGUAGUGGUAAUCUCUCGGCAGCCGUUACUCAACACGAUCAAGGAUAAGCUCCGCAUCGUCACCAACUCCUACUUCGACCAGCACGACUUUCUGGACGUUCUGGUGUUGCAGAGCUUGCUUCACGACCUCUUACUCGUCCACAGGAGCACUGUGGACAAUACAGACUACUACAUGAACCUCAACCUCCGCAUGUUCCUCCUCCGGUUCAAGCAGCGCUUCCUCGUGGUAUUCAAGUUGCUCUUGCUUGAGAAGCGCGUGAUGAUCUAUAGCUCGCGCGACGACUUGAUAGACUUCGAGCUUAACUUGAUUUCGCUCGUGCCAAACCUCAUGGGCAAUCUCCAAGACUCGGGCUCGCCGCGCCUCCACAACUUGUCGGUCAAGGAACGUCUUCGCAAACCGUCGUCGCUCAACACGAACGACCGCACGUCAAUGCUCCGCUUCUACGGUUUACCGCUCCAGAUCUUCAACCGGGGCGGUUUCUUCUACCCUUACAUUUCGCUCCAGCAGCUCGACGAUUUGUCUAAUGAGCAGUCCAAGUUCUACAUUAUUGGCACCUCCAACCAGUUGCUCCGCGACCGCAAAGCCACGCUUUGCGAUGUGAUCAUCAACCUUGACACCAACCAGCUCGAGUUCCAGGAUCCCGCGCUUGAGGCUGUGUUAGGCUUGACUGUCAACGACAAGCGCUUUGCCGACGACUUGGUCAGCCAGACUGCCAAGAACUUUCACCGUCUGACCACCCAGUACCUCGGCAGUGACGACUACAUCCGGUGCCAGCUCGAGGAGUACUUGCUCUCGCUCCUCCUGACCGCCAAGUGCAACAGCUACAUGUCACAGUAUGGCAUUCCGCCGCCGGGCUUUGAGUAUAAUGAUCGGUCUGGGAACUUGGCGUUGUUCAACGAGCAGUUUGUCACCACCUGGAUGGCCACCCAGAACUACGCCAUUUGGAAUGCCACCGCUGACGACUUUGUGUUUAAUUUCCUGGAGCCACAGCAUGUGGGGAUUGAGACUGAGACGGUCGGAUUUCUUGAUAGAAUCAGCAUGUCCAAGUUUGACAUCGUGGAGGCCCAGCGCGCCGAGGCGGCCGUGGAAAGAAAGGAGAAGCCAGACCGCAGCCCAGGGUCGGAUAUGGAGACUUUGACGGAGAGUGCGAGCGCCGUGAACUUGGAGGAGGCAAAGGUGGAGCCCGCUACGGCAACGGCAGCCACGUUUAUCGAGAGCUGGAGCAACUGGGCUUUCAAGGGGACGUAA